UUUUUUUUUUUUUAUUUUUUUUUUCCGUAAUAUUAGAUAAAAAUGUCGAAUUCACUUUUGGCCGCAGCAUUGAGCGCUGUUACGAAUAAUACAAUUAUUACUUAUGAUGAUUAUGUUGGAAAAAAAAUUGGUGAUAAUAUUUCAUAUUCAGUAUUGGACCAAAAAUCACUUCAUCAAUCUCAUUUGGUUGGCGGUAAAGUACCAACAUUAUCUUCUAAAGGACCUGAAGUAUAUCAUCCUCCUAAAGAACUUAAAAUACGUCAUCAAGUGUUUACACCCCUUAAAAGUUUCGGGAGUGGUCAAAUAUUCGUUAAUACAUUAACUGGUAAAACUAUAACACUAGAAUUAAAUUUUAGUGAUACAAUUUAUAACCUAAAAGAAAAAAUUCAGGAUAAAGAAGGGAUACCUCCAGAUCAACAAAGAUUAGUUUUUGCUGGUAUGUUACUUGAAGAUGGCCGUACGUUAUCGGAUUACAAGAUAAAAAAACAUUCCACAAUACAUCUGGUAUUGAGACUUACUGGUGGUGGACCUAGUAGUACUACGGCUUUAUAUAUUCAACCUGAUCAACUUGCUCCAAGAUUUGAUUAUGAUUUUACAAAUGUAAAUGAUAAUGGAAAAGCUUUUAUGCGAGGAAAUUUUGAGUACAAACGACCUUGCGGUUGGAAAAGAGUGGCUCUCAAUGUUCUUGAUAAAUAUGAAAAUAACAUUUGGCUUGGUGUCCGUGGCGAUAGAAAAUUAUUAACGGAUUCAGUACAUAACGAGUGGCCAGUCUCUUAUCAUGGGACUGCCAGUCAUAACUGUAAAUCAAUUGCCGAAGAUGGGUAUCUCUUAUGUAAGAGUAAAAGAUUCGCAUUCGGACAUGGAAUUUAUUCUACUCCAGAUAUUGAUGUCGCUUCUAAGUAUGCUGCUAAAUUUACUCAUGAAGGGGAUAGGUAUCAAGUUGUAUUCCAAAAUAGAAUUAAUCAAACCAAUUUAGUUAGAGUUUCAAAAGAAGAAACCAGAGUUGGUGAAUAUUGGAUUUCGCCUGAUGGAAUAUAUUUACGUCCUUAUGGUAUUUGUAUCAAGAAAGAUAAUUAGUUUCGUAAAAUUUUUUUUCUUUUUAUUUGUAUUUCUUCUCAUACAUUUUAAAUAAAUAAGUUUCUAAAACGAAUGGUAUAUUAUU